AUGAGGAAGCCUUACCAACGUCCUGCUGAUAACGUACUGUCUGCUGGAAGGGGUGUAGCACCUGUUCCUAAAGAUGAUGUCAUCUGUUUCAAGUGCAACAAGAAGGGGCACUAUGCGAAUGAGUGUGGGAAGGAGAUUCUAUGCUGGAAGUGUCAGAAACCAGGGCACAUUGAGAGGGACUGCCGUAAUGCUACAAAGGUCGAGCCAGUGUUGAAUACCGCUCGCGGAAGGGGACAUACUGCUCCAGGUCGUGUGUUCUCAAUGUCUGGCGAACAGGCUGCUGUGACUGACGAUCUCAUCCAGGGUACGUGUGUUAUCGCUGGAACUUCUUUAAUGGUCUUAUUUGAUUCGGGUGCUACGCACUCAUUCAUUGCUGAGGAGUGUGUGAAGCAAUUAGGGUUGCUAACUGCUGAUUUACCCUUCGAUUUGGUGGUUACUACCCUUGUCGCCGAUCGAUUAGUUACGCGCACGGCAUGUUUGCAAUGUCCGUUGAUCUACGAGGAUCGGAAGUUCCUUGCGAACCUCGUCUAUUUAUGGCUUAAAGAGCUCGAUGUGAUUCUGGUGGCCUGGAAUGAAGAAGCAAGUAGCUGA